AUGAGCUUGAAGACAAGUUCAGGGUGCAAGAACAACAGUUGGGCAUGUACCCUAGCUUCAGAUUCUGCUAAUUCAUUAAGAUCCACUCCAACUGAAGAUAAACGCUGUGUUAGAGACGAGACUAUGAAUGAGGCUGACCGCUAUAUUCUGAGGAGUUCAAACUCAACUAACCGCCAAAUGAGUCGGGGGUCUAACUUGCUAAAGGGAAAUGACUUCCUUCAUGACAUAAGAAGGAAAAGAUUAUCCAGAAAUAGCGAAACAGAGAACAUCAUUGUAUCGUCUUCUCUCAAUGAAAAGAAGGCCAGGCAAUCUGACCCACCGAAACCAUUUCCCAGGGUUACAAAAACAGCAAACCCGGCAACAAAUGCUCCACGACGCUUGACUCAUAUCCGAACAGACAGAGAUCCCGUUCAAGGAGUUAAAGAGAUGGAUAGCAAGAAAAGGAUCUGGUCAAGAUAG